CACAUCUCUGCAACUUCUCUCUCUCCACCAAAAACACUUCGCACCCGCCAAACUUUCUGUGUGGACUGUUCUCUCUGUAUAUGAUGGCGUCCAACGCAGUCAAAUACAUGCCGAUUCACGGCGGAACAACAACAACAACAGACGAAAUCAAGAGCUUCUUCUCCGCUGUGAAACACAGAAAAACUUCAGCUUUUGUUUACGCAUUUGUAAUCACAUUCGUCACGUUCACUCUAUGCGUCGCCUUCACUCCUUCUCCAAACUCAUAUUCUCCUUGGUUCUCCACUUCUCCUUCCCAAAACAAUACUUUGCAAGCACCCGCGCCGCCGGAGAAUCGAACUCUGGUUACUAAUAACGCGACCUUUGAAUCUCCUACCAUCGUAAAAAAUAGAACCGACCCAUCACAACCUCUGCUUACUGCAGGUUCGAGUAAUCAGACACGAACCACCACCGAUGAUGAUGUUCCAAACCAGACAGCAGCUCCGUCCGUUGAUGUGUCGGUCAACUCCAGCUCAUCAUCGGUGAAACAAGAGAUGGAGAAAUGGAGUGAGACUCUGAAGGACUGUGAGUUCUUCGACGGUGAAUGGAUUAAAGAUGAUGAUACGUAUCCGCUUUACGAACCAGGUUCGUGUAAGCUUAUCGAUGAACAGUUCGACUGUGUUUCAAACGGGAGACCCGACAGAGAUUUUCAGAAACUGAAGUGGAAACCUAAGAAGUGUAGUUUACCACGGUUAAAUGGAGGUAUCAUGCUGGAGAUGCUUAGAGGAAGAAGGCUAGCGUUCGUGGGUGAUUCUCUAAAUAGAAACAUGUGGGAAUCUCUGGUUUGUAUGCUUAAAGGAUCAGUGAAAGAUGAGGGUAAAGUCUAUGAAGCUAAGGGAAGACAUCAUUUUCGUGGAGAGGCUGAGUACUCUUUCGUCUUCCAGGAUUAUAACUGCUCGGUGGAGUUCUUUGUUUCACCAUUCUUGGUUCAAGAAAGUGAGAUCGUUGACAAGACAGGAACGAAGAAGGAGACUCUUCGUCUUGAUUUGAUUGGGAAGUCCUCCGAGCAAUACAAAGGAGCUGAUAUAAUUGUCUUUAAUACUGGACACUGGUGGACGCACGAUAAAACAUCUAAAGGGGAAGAUUAUUACCAAGAAGGAAGCAAUGUGUAUCAUGAACUUGAUGUACUUGAAGCAUUCCGUAAAGCUUUAACCACAUGGGGUCGAUGGGUUGAGAAGAAUGUCAAUCCAGAGAAGUCCCUUGUAUUCUUCCGGGGCUUUUCCGCCACACAUUUCAGGGGUGGGCAAUGGAACUCAGGAGGAGCAUGCGAUAGCGAAACAGAACCAAUCAAGAACGAGACAUACCUAACACCGUACCCGCCUAAAAUGAAAGUGCUAGAAGGAGUGUUAAAGGGUAUGACAACUCCGGUCACGUAUCUAAACAUCACCAGAUUAACUGACUACAGAAAAGAUGGGCACCCAUCAGUGUACAGGAAACAAAGCUUAUCAGACGAAGAAAAGAAAACACCGUUGCUGUACCAAGACUGCAGCCACUGGUGCCUCCCAGGAGUUCCAGACUCUUGGAACGAGAUCCUCUAUGCUGAGCUGCUCCUUAAACUCAAUCAGAUCGGCUAACACACGAGAGAUACCUUAAGGGUUUCUCCAUCUCCAACAUUUGUUUCAUGAUCUCAAUAUACUUUGCUUUCUAUUUAUUUGUUUGUUUAAAGAUGAUUAUACAGAAUGUAAAUGUUUUUUUUUGUCACUACGGUUACUAUAUGAAAGCUUAUAUAAAAGAGAAGU